UUUUACAUUAAUAAUCGGUCAGUCCAACAGUGCAUUCGUGGUCCGCAGACGUGCGCGGUGCUAUGAACAUUUCCUUUGUGUAACGUGUCGAGACUCGAGUACGCAACGAUUAGUCCGCUUAAAAAGUGAACGUAGUGAAUUUGAAAAAAAAUAUGGCGGACGGUGACGUUCCAUUGGUUACGAGUUUUGGUAACAGUGAAGUUGAAUUUGGCGGGAAUAAACUGUCAAAGCCGACGUCAAGAAUGUCCAACCUGCUCUUCUGGCAGGGGAAGGGUAAAGCAAAUGGCACACCCAACGGCAGAAAUUGGAUCCACGCACCAGACGCGCUAGUUAAGGGCCAUGUUGCAUAUCUAGUUAAGUUCCUAGGAUGUACUCAAGUAGACCAACCCAAAGGUAUCGAGGUGGUGAAGGACGCCAUCAAGAAACUGCAGUUCACGCAGCAGCUGAAGAAGUCGGAGACGAAGGAUGCCGCCAAGUGCAAGAAGGUCGAGAUCACAGUGUCCGUGGACGGUGUGGCGAUACAGGAGCCGAGAACGAAUAACGUGAUGUACCAGUUCCCGCUGCACCGGAUAUCCUACUGCGCCGACGACAAGGGCGCCAAGAAGUACUUCUCAUUUAUUGCUAAAGGUGGCAGCGUCGCCAACGGCAUGAACGGUCACGACGGCGACAGCGAGAAGCACGAGUGUUUCGUGUUCGUGUCCACCAAGCUCGCCUCCGAGAUCACACUCACCAUCGGACAAGCCUUCGACCUCGCUUACAGGCGGUUCGUAAACGACAACGGCAAAUACAUUGAGAUGCAGAAGCUGACGCUACAGAACAAGAAGCUCGAACUACAAAUGAACACGUACAAAACGCGCUUACAGGAGCUGUCAAAGAUAACGUACCGCGAAGACCUGUCGUCGUACCUCGCGCGCAACAACCUGGCGGACAUCGCGGAGUUCCGCCCGCCGCCGGAGCUGGAGAAGCAGCUGUCGUCGCUGACGCUCGCCAACGGCUUCAGUAAUGGCACCAAGUCGCCGGAGAGCGGCAUGGACGCGGUGUCGAACAACUCUGGCGACACGUUUAGCUCCAACGACCACAACCUGCUGCUGGCCACGCCGCCGCCCACGCACAACGGCAGGAUCAACGCCACCGGCAAACAGUCCGGCGUGACGCCGAGCAAGAACCCCACCGUGGGCACCAAGCUCGAGAACCUGCUGCUGCAUUCAGACUCCGACAGCGACUUCGACCCGCGCGCGUGCGAGUCGGAGCCGGCGAGCCGCUUCACGUCGCCCGCCAUGGACCACUCCACGCCUCCACCGCCGCUACUGGCGCCCCCACCUAAAGCCUCCAAACGCCAAACGCCCGCGAACGGCACGGCGCCGAUCAACGGAAGCGACUUAUUCGGGUCCGCGCCGUUCGUCGCCAGUCCGCCGCAGCCGGCCAGCCAGGUGAAGCCCAACUACGACAUUAGCGACUUCAACCUCCAGACCUCGGUGUUCAACACCAGCAUGACCGGCUACGACCCCUUCGACACGCAGAAGGCGAAUAUCUUCGGCAACGGCUACGGCAACGCGUUCAACGGGUUCGGGAACCUCAGCGAGAAACAGACCGUGGAGUUGGACAGCAGCUUCAACGGGUUCUUAGACAAGACCAUAUCGGAGAUGAAGGAUGGGUUCAGCAGAGGGAUCAGUUUUGGAAACGACGAUUUUUCAAUAGAUAACCUGGAUCCCCUGAAGAAGAAUUGAAUUUAAAUAUUAUUAAUUAGUUGCAAUUCAUUUGUAAAUUCUCGCUUUCGUUCACACAAUAUAGUUGUAAAAUUAUAUUGUUCUAGGAAGAUUCGAUUUAAGCGUUGCGUGAACUGGAACGACGAUUAAGUGUUGCCAUGAUAUUGGUUACAAAUAAUAUCAAAUAAAGUGAUAAUAGUUAGUAUUUCCUAUUGGAAUUAUUCUGAAAUUUUAUUGUAGAAUCUCGAUGACGUCUUGUAAUUUAUAAUUAUUAUAUUUCGUAUUUUAACAACUCAACUUUCGCUUAUAUCGGCUUAACCGGGACUCGGUGCGAACUUACAAAAAAAAUAAAAACAAACUGUAUAAUAAAAACAAAAAUAGAAAUUGAUGUAUCUGUAAGUUUUAUAUUUAGAUAAAAAAGAUAAUUUAUAUUUAAGACGUUAGUGAUAUAUAAAAGUGUUAACAAACAGCGUUUGUAAAACUAUAAAAUAUGUCCCUCAAAUGAUAUGCUCGUCAAAUUGUCGAUACGAUGACAAUCUACCAACGAGAAUACCUAGAUAUAACGAUUUAGUAGUACCUAUACAAGUUCGCACUUUGUCCAGACUACUUUUAAAUCAGCUCAAUGCCAUUCUUGUGCCUCACUUUUUUACACAUUUACAAAGAAAAAUUAAAUUAUUUUUAUACGACGAAGAUCUAUAAAAAUAUUGUAAAUUAGGGACCAAAACGAUGUUUGAAGAUUCCUCGAAUAUUCUGUGAUAACUCUCUUAAAUUGAGGUUCUUCAAAUAAUACAAUACCAAUUUGCCGAAGGGCCUACUCGCAAAAUAUGAUAGAAAAUUAUUUAGCUGUAUAAAAUUUUAUACAAAUUCCAUUUUAAAAAUUAUGUUAUUCUAAUAUAUAAUUACAUAUUAUCUAUAAUCUACUUAUAAAAUAUUAUAGUCUACAAUGUUCUUGCUAUAAAGUUUUACCAGUGACGCACAUUUUAUGAAUAAUGCACUUAUUUUAUAAAGUAUACUUUUAAGAAUAAAUUUACUGUAAGGCCCUUUUGUAUAAAACAAGCCCAAUUUUGUGUAAGAUCGCCUAGAAUGGCAUUGCAGCUUU